CAAGCACAGCCCCUUCAUCCAAUCCCACUGGGACCGGACCGCGGCUCCGUCAGUCUCUCUCAUCGCUCCUGCUACUUAGCGCCGGGAGAUGCGAUGCCGUGCUGAGCAGGUGCGAGCAUCGUGAAGGACACGCAGACGGACACAGGGAAAGGAAAACCCUGGAGGUCCCGCUCAUGUUUCAUCAUCCAGGUUUCUAGCAGUUACCCCACCAGGUGGUUCUCGCUUCAGCACCAUGCUGCACCUCGCCCUGCUCUUUCAUCUCCUGGCCUUCUCGCUUGCAGAUCAAUCUGACCACGGGGGAGUGCUUGACCCGUUUGAAGCAGAUGAUGCCACAGGUUUUGGCCCGGUGUUUGAGGAGCAGCCGGUAAACACCAUCUACCCUGAGGAGUCGCCCGAGGCCAGAAUUAUCAUGACCUGCCAGGCUAGAGCCAAUCCACCUGCCACAUACGGAUGGAAGCUGAACAACACGGACAUUGACCUGAGCAAACAUGGCAGCCACUACAGUUUAUCGGGAGGCAACCUGAUUAUCAGCAACCCCAUUAGAACAGAACAUGUGGGGAAAUACUCCUGCUUGGCUACCAAUAUGUACGGCACGGUCAUCAGCCAAGAGGCAUCUGUCCUGUUCGGAUAUCUCGACCUUUUUUCAUCGGAAGAGAGGCUGGCAGUGCAUGUCAAGGAGGGCCAGGGGGCAGUCCUGCUUUGCGCUCCCCCUCCACAUUAUCCAGGCAAGCUGUCAUUUCGAUGGAUCCUCAAUGAAUUCCCCACCUUCAUCUCACUGGACAAGCGACGCUUUGUCUCCCAAAUAACUGGCAACCUUUACAUCUCCAAGGUGGAAUCGUCGGACAGGGGCAACUAUUCCUGCAUCGCAUCCAGCCCAUCCAUUUCCAAGAGUGUAUUUUCCAACUAUAUUCCCCUUAAGCCUCUUGCUGAACGCUCAAUCAGGAAAUACCCUGCUGACCUCAGAGUGAAGUUUCCACACACCACUGCUUUGGUGGGACAGGACAUCAUCUUGGAAUGCUUUGCGUUGGGAAACCCCGUACCUGAGAUUCGUUGGAAGAGGAUGGGCAGUACGUUACCACAUAAUCACGAAGUGCGGAUGGCAGGUGCUCAGCUGCUCCUCCUAAAUGCCCAAUUCGAUGACAGCGGCACCUACAGUUGUGAGGCAGUAAACUUGAAAGGAAAAGACUACCACCAUGCAAACGUAUCUGUCGAGGCUAAUCCAGAGUGGGUGGAGCAUAUUGUCAACACGGAGAAAGAUCUGCACAGUGACUACACCAUGUCUUGCAAUGCCAAAGGUGUGCCGAAACCUCAAAUCCGCUGGCUGAAAAAUGGAGAACCGCUUAAUGGAAAAGAGUUGAGGUUCAGCAGGCUGACAUCAGAUGAUGCAGGGAUGUACCAGUGCAUAGCAGAGAAUCGCCAUGGAGUCAUCUAUGCCAAUGCAGAGCUGAAAGUGUUUUUCGGAGCUCCAAAAUUUCCCAACAACCCAGUUAAAAGAGUGCUGGCACCUAAAAAUGGCCGGGUGGUUAUUGAAUGCCGACCCAAAGCUGCCCCGAAGCCCACCUUCACCUGGAGCAAAGACACCGAGCUGCUCUCUAACUCUUCCAGGAUGUUCAUCUGGGAGGAUGGGAGCCUGGAGAUCCUCAAUGUGAUGCCAGCAGAUGAGGGCAGGUACACCUGUUUUGCGGAGAAUGACUGGGGGAAGGCUAACAGCACGCACCCUCUGGUGGUCACAGAGUCCACAAAGAUCACAUUGGCACCCUCAAAUGCUGACGUUCACGUUGGGGACAACACCUGGAUGGAGUGUGCAGCAUCUUAUGACCCAUCGGUGGACAUCACCUUCAUCUGGUCCCUGAAUGGACAAGACAUUGAUUUGCACAAAGACAACAAACAUUAUGAAAGCACCUUAAAUGGAAGUUCAAAUGCUAAGCUACUCAUCAGAAACGCUCAACUGAAACAUGCUGGAAGCUACACCUGCACUGCAAAAACCCAGGUUGACAACACCACAGCUUCAGCCCAUCUGGUUGUCAGGGGGCCACCCGGUGCCCCUGGUGGGGUGCGAAUAGUUCACAAAUCUGACAGAAGCGUCACGCUGCAGUGGAGCUGUGGAGCAGACAAUCACAGCCCAAUCUCCAAAUACACCAUUCAAUACAGAGACCAGUUCUCGAAAGAUGUCUGGAAGAACGCCACAACAUCGCCUGCUGAUGUUGAGGGGAAUGCAGAGACAGCGAUAGUGGUGGAUUUGUUCCCUUGGACAGAAUAUGAGUUCAGGGUCAUGGCCACCAACACUCUGGGGACAGGAGAGCCAAGCAGGCCGUCACACAAAGAAAAAACCUUGGAAUCAGCUCCUGUGGUGGCGCCCUCAGAUGUCGGCGGGGGCGGAGGGGCCAGCAGAGAGCUGACCAUCACGUGGACGCCAGUCCAGCCACAGUACUACUAUGGGCCUGAUUUUGGCUACAUUGUGGCCUUUAAACCCCAUGAAGAAAAAGAGUGGAACAGGGUGGAGGUGAAUGACCCUGAGGCCAAGCACUAUGUUCACAAAGACCCCAACCUUCCUCCCAUGACAGAGUUUGAAGUCAAAGUUAAAGCCUUCAACAGGCAAGGAGAGGGACCCUACAGCCUAACAGCCAUCAUUUACUCUGCACAGGAUGCUCCAUCUGAAGCUCCUGCAAUUCCUGAAGGGAAAGCACUUUCUGCCACAGCGGCCUCUGUAUCCUGGUUGCUUCUGUCAGAGAGCAAUAUAGAUGGAUACCAGGUGAAGUACUGGAGACAAAAUGAAGACAGUGAAGGUGGAGCCCACAGGGUUGUGGUGUCAGGGAAGAUAAACCACACAAGGCUGGAGAGUCUGAAGCCCAGCUCAGUCUACAUCAUUGAGAUUCGAGGCUACAACUCUGCAGGAUACGGACCACCAAGCAAGCACAUCAAGAUCCACACCAAGAAACCCCCUCCAGAUCGACCUCCGAAAAUAACAGUCACAAAGUUAAAGGGCCAGUUUGUAAAUGUUACCUGGGAACAUCUGGAACCACUUUCUAAUGAAUCCAUAAUAGAAGGGUACAGGGUGCUGUACAAGCAGAAAGGCAUGUCUACAGGCACACUGUACACAACCAACAAGCGGUACAUAGAACUUCCCCUGCAUACAGAUGGGGAAUAUGUGGUAGAAGUCCGGGCACACACAGAAGGAGGAGAUGGGGCGGUGGCACAAAUCAGCGUCCCUGGAAACAGCCCAACACGGGGCCGCUCUCAGAACUACAGUGGAGCCAUCAUGUCCUCCUUAUCACUUGAUGUCCUCCCAAUGCUCCUGCUGGCUCUCCUCCUCUUGAACCUCUGAAUGUAGCGCCAUAUUUGUCUUCUCUUAGUUAGGAUGAAGACUGCUUGUGGUUGCUAAAGGUUCACACCUACAAGGAUUUGAAACCCUUUCCACAAUAUUCUAUCGUCACUUAGAUGUGUCACUUUCCAGCUCUUCCCCUAUGGGAUGUGUUUGUGGAAAAUGGACAUGGAAAUGAAAAAACAAUUGGAAAAUGGACAAAAGCCUUCCUUAUUUAUCUACUAAAGGCCUCUCUGGAGGAAUCUCAAAGGAGUUCUGUCAACUUAAAAUGCCUUACAUAAACGAUUGCUCUUAUCUUUCACAGUGACCUGUUUCCAAAUGGGUCACGACCGAAAUUGUAAAACCUGUAGUUUUGCAUACCUUGUCUCCUCUAUUUUUUUUUCUCCUUAUUUCACAUUUCAAGCCAGACAUUUCUGAUGCUGCAUUUUCUGCCUUUUUUGGACUGGGAAAAAAUAUAAUUGGGAGAAAAUAUGUUUUUCAGUGCAUUCCCUCGUAAAAAGUCAACAAAUAGCUGUUAAGGGCAAGUUUAUGAGUUUAUAAAAAUUACAAAUUUUGUCUUAAUUAAUUUUCAGUUCAAUUAUUUUUUUUUAUUAAUCACUGGCUUUCAGCGAUACAGUCAAAGUAAAUCUCAACCACUUGCAUAGUGGAUUUUUGUUUUCAGAAAAAGAACAAUUUAUUUAAUGUGGAAUUAAUAUAUUCAAUGAUUAAAUAAUAUUGAUGAUAUUGUUAUACUAAACAUACUUUGCUGUACUGAUAAUAUAUGAAGGUUAUAGCUUCUGUUUUAGGCCAUAAUAUAAACUCUGGUAAUCCCGAUUCCAAAGUGGGAACAUUAAUGUUUACAUCGAUGAAAAAUAGACAUAUUUGGCUAAUGUGUUUAAAUGUAUAGUUUUAAAUCCAAAUCUCUAUCCAACACUGAUUACUUUUAGGUUUAUUGGUCCGACUGUGCAGUGAUCCCAGCUUUGCAACAGGUUUUGGCCAACAUCGAGAAAGAAGAAAAAACAAACAAACAAAGCAAAAAAAAAAAUCGGAAACUACUUUGUUUUGACUGUAUCAUUAGAUCCUUAGUUGUACCAGCUGGUGCUUUGUAAAGAAUGUUAGCACUUCAUUUAAUGUAAGAGAUUUCAUUUCAUGUCGCUCAUCAUCUGCUAAUAACAGUAAAAGUGAAACAGUAGUGCACCUCAUGCCCUUCUGCAAAUGUGCAAUGUCUGAUUGAACUGUGGCAACUUCAUGUUUUCUAACAGGACUAUUUGCUGAGCUUCUGUAACAGGAGUCAUGUUUAAUGCAUUUUUCAUUAUCUGAUAUAAGCAAAAGGUAAGCAAAGCCAUCUCUAUCAGCAGUAAGAGCUCAUCCGAAGCUGAUGACGUGUUUCAAAUGCAUUAGCUUAGUGUUUUUAUUAACAUAUGAUCAGAGUUUUAUGGACAUUAUCGCUUGUCUUUUUUAUUGUUAUAUUUGUACAUUUUGACCUGAGUCCGGUUGGUCAAAUUUUAAAGUUUAUGUCCCUCAAAUAGAGGAACAAUUGCUGCGUUCUGAGUUCCUCUGAAUCAUUUUGUUGUAUGAGAGAUGCUUGUCAUGCUUCCACAUUGUGACAGUAUCAGUGUCCACCACAAAGUGCUUUUCCUGGUUUUGUCUUCAUGCCACGAUUCAUUAAAGUAAAAAUUGCCAAAUGCAUGAAUGCCUUGAACUUUGACAUUUCAGACAGGGCUGUGGCUCCGCAUAAUACCAUGCAUGAGAUUGGAGACAACGCACCAACAUUGUGGAAACUUCUAAGAAUAUUGUAAAACACAUUCCAAUCCCGAGUGGCAUCUCUUUAGGUCCGAGACAGUAGACAUCUUAGACUAAUAUGUGCGUUAGCUGCUAUGCUUCAGUAGGCCUGUCAUCUGGUGUGAGGCCCUUAGGAGAAGUCCGUUAUUAAAGAUAAAAAUGUAAACUGACUAAAGGCAUCUCACUCUGCUAAAGAAGGGUCCAGCAGUCUCCUGCACACUUGAUGCUUGGGAUUUAGUUGCAUCAUUGGUUGUACUGGCAUCAUGUGUGACUGUCUGCUGGAAUUCAGUACUUUGAUGGGAAUGGCAUUUAUAAGGGAAACUGAAAGCUCUCAUUGACUGGACAAGGAACAAUAAAGGUGUAGUUAACUAUUA